AUGUCUCUAAAUGCCCAAGUGCACUCGCAUCUCUGCGAUAUCAUAGACAAAGCCUGCGAAGACCAAAAGGCCGGUAUUCCUGGAACUACGGUCGUGGUCGUUGGCAAAGAUGGCAACGAACUAUUCGCCCACUCUGCGGGUAACCGAGGAGCAGGUUCCAAUGAUCCCAUGACCUUGGAUAACAUCUUCUGGAUGGCAUCUUGCACUAAAGUGCUGGUUGGUGUCGCCUGCAUGCAAUUGGUUGAACAGGGCAUUCUGAAGCUGGACGAUGGAGAGCAGACAGAGGGUCUUUGCCCUGAGUUGAAGAGUCUCAAGGUCUUGCAGCCCGAUGGUAGUCUUGAGGAGAAGAAGCAUGCAAUUACCCUGCGUAUGCUAUUAACCCAUACUGCCGGGUUCGGCUAUACCUUUUUCAAUGAGAGAUUGAGACAAUGGUCGUACCCGGUUGGCGUGGAUGAGUUCUCUGGGCGGAUUGAAGAUAUGAAGACGCCUCUGCUCUUCCAGCCCGGUGAAGGCUGGGAAUAUGGCCUUGGUAUCGACUGGGCGGGAAUCGCGCUGGAACGCGCAACUAGCCUAACUCUCAACGACUACCUACAGAAAAACGUCUUCCUGCCCCUUGGAAUCAACGACAUGUCCAUGAUCCCGAGCCAUGACAUGCGCCAGAGACUGGCGUACAUGAAUCAGCGAAACCCAGAUGGCAGCCUGAGGCCCCGAGACCAUAUUCUUCGAGCGCCUCUAGUCGUUGAUUUGGAUAACGACGCCGAAGUCGCCAGAGUGUUCAACAGCGGCGGCGCAGGUAUGUUUGCCAAGCCGCAGGAAUAUUGCAAGGUCCUCGCUGUGCUAUUGAAUGAUGGAACAUGUCCUAGAACGGGCAGCAGGUUGCUUCGCAAGGAGACUGUCGACGAAAUGUUCUCUAACCAGAUCCCUCGGUUCCCCGACUACAGCCGUCAAAGCAUCCCGGAUGCCAAGCCAGAUCUGACCAACCCAAUUCCUGAGCUAUAUCCAGUUCCUGGGAACCCACCACAGGGUUGGGGCCUGACUUUCAUGCUGAGCAAUGGUGGUCCGACAGGGCGAUCUAAAAGCACGGGGCACUGGGCUGGGCUGCCAAAUUUGUGGUGGUGGGCGGAUAGGGAGAAGGGCAUUGCGGGGAUUGUGUGUACACAGAUACUACCAUUUGCAGACACUAAGGUGAUUGGGUUAUGGGGAAGACUUGAGGCUGAGAUAUACAAAGCUCUUGCUCUAUGA